AUGAGUUGUGGAUUCGUAAUCCUUUUUCUUUGUGAUAUUGACUGUAUCGAUGACAUGAGACUUGCCAACGAUGAGCUAACUGAUUUGAAAACAAAGUCCUUGUUAAAAAUGUAUUUCGAUUCAAAAACUCUUGGAGAGUUUUGGUCUUUAAGAGAAGCCUACCCAUUGCUUGUAAAACGAGCUAUGGCAGCAAUUAUUCCGUUUACUACAGUAUAUCUUUGCGAAGCGGGAUUUUCCACACUUGCCACAAUAAAAACAAAACAUCGAAAUAGACUGAAUGUCGAACAUGAUAUGCACGUUGCUUUGUCGAAAAGCAUCCCUCAAUUCAAUCUGUUAAUCAAGGAAAAGCAGCAACAGCCUUCAUAUUAA